AUGGUGAAACUAGGAAGUAAUCUUCAAGACAAAGGAGUCAAACCAGUGAGUGUGGAGGAUGGCUUUCAAAACGUGCCCCUCAUCGCCCCUCUGGAUGUCGGCAGCCUCCAGUGCCAAGCACCUGACAAGGUGGUGGUGAAGACUCGUACGGAGUAUCAGACAGAGAAGAAGAGGCUGAAGGUGCCCAAAGUAGAAGAGUUUACCAUCAGCUUUACUGAUGGGGUGUCUGAGAGGCUCAAGGUGACUAUUCUGAUCAUCCUGGCCCUGGCCUUCCUCGCCUGCAUCGUAUUCCUAGUGGUUUACAAAGCCUUCACCUAUGACCACGCCUGCCCAGAUGGAUUCAUUUACAAGCACAAGCGGUGCAUCCCGGCUUCUCUGGAGGCCUAUUACGCGGCUCAGGACGCCAACUCCAGGGGCCGUUUCUACACAGUGAUCAGCCAUUACAGCAUGGCCAAGCAGACCACCUCGCGCUCUGUCUCCCCCUGGCUGCCCGGAGGAGCUGGGGGACAGCACGACACCAAGCCCCCCGGGAGCGAAGGCCAUUGA